UCGCUUCCAUCAUUCUCAUUCGAUCAUCGGAAAUGGCUCGCUUUCUUUGUAACGCAAAUCUUGUUUCUUCUCUCGUCGAUUCUAUCUCAGUAUCAAUCAACAGACGAGGUUAUGCUGUAGCAUCACAGGCUAUUUCGUCGAGCGUGGUGAGAGGAAGGAGCGGUCUGCUGAAAAGUGGAGAAGAGAGAGUAGCCAUGAAAGAAGCAUCUGAAACUAAUUCUUGGGCACCAGAUCCAGUGACCGGUUACUACCGACCGCAGAAUUGUGGGGCUGAGAUGGACGUGGCUGAGCUUCGGGAGAUGCUUUUGAACAACAAGACUAAGCAACACUAGAUGAGACUAAGA